AAGAAUCAAAUCAUGACAACGAACGUGUGGGUAGAACAGGAAUGGAACGAUUACAAACUAAAAUGGAACCCGGAUGACUACGGCGGAGUGGACACACUACACGUGCCUUCUGAACACAUAUGGCUGCCAGACAUCGUACUUUAUAACAACGCGGACGGCAACUACGAAGUGACCAUCAUGACGAAAGCGAUCCUGCACCACGACGGGAAGGUUGUGUGGAAGCCGCCAGCGAUCUACAAGUCGUUUUGCGAGAUCGACGUCGAGUACUUUCCCUUCGACGAGCAGACAUGCUUCAUGAAGUUCGGCUCUUGGAGUUACGAUGGGUACAUGGUGGAUCUUAGGCAUUUGAAGCAAACACCCGACUCGGACCGCAUAGGAAUGGGCAUCGACUUAUCGGAAUACUACAUCUCGGUGGAAUGGGACAUAAUGCGAGUGCCGGCGACGAGAAACGAGAAAUUCUACUCCUGCUGCGAGGAACCAUACCCCGACAUCAUCUUCAACAUAACGCUCAGGAGAAAAACCCUAUUCUACACGGUCAAUCUGAUCAUCCCUUGCGUCGGAAUAUCUUUCCUAUCAGUUUUAGUCUUCUACUUACCUUCGGAUUCGGGGGAGAAAAUCUCGCUCUGUAUAUCCAUUCUUUUGUCAUUGACCGUGUUCUUUUUGUUGUUAGCAGAAAUCAUUCCGCCAACAUCACUGACUGUCCCGUUAUUGGGAAAAUAUUUGUUGUUCACCAUGAUGCUAGUAACGUUAUCGGUAGUUGUCACUAUUGUGGUGCUGAACAUAAAUUUUAGGUCGCCGGUUACACAUCACAUGGCCCCGUGGGUACGGAAAGUCUUUAUAGAUUUUUUACCCAAAAUAUUAUGCAUACAAAGGCCAGAAAAACCACCUGACGACGACGAUAACGAUAAACCUACCGAGGUACUCACUGACGUCUUCGGCCCCGAUGACAUGGACGGGAAGUUCAAGGAAUGGGGAUGCGAAGAAUAUGAGUUGCCCGGAAUGCCUCCGUCGCCCCCACCACCACCGGGAGGCGACGAUGAGCUAUUUUCCCCACCCCCUGGUUCCCCUUGUCGCUUGGACUUAGACGAUGGUAGCCCGUCUUUAGAAAAACCCUACGUAAGAGAAAUGGAAAAGACUAUAGAAGGUUCCAGGUUUAUUGCACAGCAUGUUAAAAAUAAGGAUAAGUUUGAGAGUGUGGAGGACGACUGGAAGUAUGUAGCGAUGGUAUUGGAUAGAAUCUUCCUGUUCGCGUUCACGAUAGCUUGUGUGCUCGGGACAGCGCUGAUCAUAUUUCGUGCGCCGACGUUCUACGACAACACCAAGCCUAUCGACAUUCUAUAUUCAAAGAUCGCGAAGAAGAAGUUGGAGCUGCUCAAAAUGGGCUCAGAGGGUGACCCGGGUCUCUGAAAUUCGUCUUACGUCUUCGGCCACUCGCCGCCGAAGACGUUUUGGGAGUUGAUCGUGAUGUGGUGGCACGGAUGAUCCAUGUAAACUCCCAAAUGGGAACUGUUAGGCGAGAACUAUUUGUGCUUAGUGCGGUGCCAAGCUCCAGGUGCGUUUAUGAACGUUCGCUCACGCCAUAAGCGCAACCAAAGCCGUCUUUUUAUAAAAAAAAAAUACUUGAGACUGUGUCCGUCGAUAGUCGAAGGUCGGAGGUAUCUCAAGACUCAAGACUUUUAUUUUGACGCCGGAUCCGCCAUAACUAUUUUUAUAUUAGAAAACGCAUUAACGUUUAUACUUUAAGCGUAAUUUAAUUUAACUGAUCCUUUCGUUUCCAGUGAUUAUUUGAUACGACGCACAAAAUGUACAGUUUACCUUUAGGAUUUUGUAUUUGUUUGUCGCGAUAGAUCGUGUUCAGUUUCAGACUUUAAUGACAUAACGAUGUAUCGAUGUAAUGGUUUGUAUGUAAUUUUACUUCGAAUAAAUCGAGCUCAAAUUCGUAACAUAUUAUAAUAAGUAUUGUAAAAAGGUUACUAUUCAAAAUGUCGAUUAGCAUCGUAUUUAAUGUAAUUGUUUCGUGUAACGUCCCCGUUGUGACCGGACAUGAUAAAGACGUACCAUAUAUUAAACAUAAUAAUGUUUCAUCAUUUAGAAUUUGAUAAACUACGUACUCGCGUAAAAAUCGUAAGGACAAUAUUGAUAAAUUGACGAAUGUAAACUUUCCACAAUGUAGUUACUAGGUAAGGCAAUGUAGAUAAAUCUAGAUUAAUGCUUAGACAUCAAAAAUAAAUAAGGGUGACACUUUAUCAUAGAGCCAAAUGAUUUGUACACACAUCGCGACGGUGAUAUUAUUUGGAUAGUGAACGGUCGUGGAGUAAAACAAUUGACUGCCAAACGAACACUUUUAUAAAUAAAUCGAUAUUAUUAGAUAGUUCGAUAAACUUGUUUUAUUAGAUUUUUUAAACGGAGUGCCAAAUCUGCUGUCAAUGUAGAUCGGAGCGGACUAGCGCGUCGGUGCACCCGACUGAAGUGUCGAAGAUGGUGGGACCGCUAGGAAUGUUUCUGGUUUUUAAAUAUAUAACGAAUGCUUGCCCGAUAAGUCAUGACUGAACGACUAUAAUUUAAAGCUUGAAGCCCUCGCUAGUUGCGACGACCGGCGUGCUCUUCCCUAUGUAACAAUUCACGUAAAUCCUAGAAUACAGGGUAAAUGUAGUACACAAGUAUCUCCCGAUUUAUAUUUCACAAUAUUCACUGAUAAAAAAUUCUUUAACACUUAUCGGCACUUUGCUAACACGUUUAGAUAAUAAAUUGUUGAGGUUUGUGAAUCUAGGAUAUUUAGGUACACACUGUUCGUUUGAACCUAGUCUAGACUAUAAUUAGUGGUCAUUUGUGUUCCCUUUUAUUCCUUCAUCGUUCCUUUCGUAGUAUUUGACUCUCAAUCAUGUUUACCUCACUUCGACCCAUCUUGUAGGUAUUGUAGCAGUCUAAUGAUAAAAAAAAAAUAUUUCGAGCCGCGUAUUUGAUAUGUCAAAGUAACUCAUGAUAAUGUUUAUUAGAUUUAAUUAGAUAACUCAGAGUUAUUGAUAAUGAAAAUCCACAGCGAGCAGUUAGGAAAACAGGGAUGGUUAAUGUAAUAUAAAUUCAAAAAUGUUGUUUUGUGUGAUUCGUCUUCGUAUUAAUAAGUGUUGUUGAAUGUGUACGAGGUAUGGGUACGCGUGGUACUUAGUUACGUAGUCUACGUGAUACGAUGCUCGCUAAAGGUUGAAUAAUUAGCAAGGUCAAUAAUUAUGUCAUAGCGGUCGUGCGGCCGGUGGCUCGUCUCUUGUUGGAAUUAUCUCAAGGAAUUGCGAAUCACAGUAAAUUUUCAUAACGGAUAAAAGUAGGAAAGUGCUAUUGCACGCACCGAAACACACCAAUUUAGUGUUAAAGUUUAACCACUAUUAGUUAGGUCCAAGCUUUCCUCUGUUCCGUGAAAUUCAAGUAUUUUAUUGUAGGUAUUUGCUAGAUUAAAAAAAAAUAACGGUCUGUUGUUAUUUUUAUAUGACUGCAAAUAAUUGAAUAGUUAGAUUUUUCUAAACACACGUUAGGAUAAUCGUUUAGAAAAUUGGUUUGAAAAUGUAUGACAAAA